GACUCAUUAGAACAAUAAUAUGUUCACGAUUCGGACAUUGAACAACAUACAGUGUUGAAAACAUGGCUGAGGAGACAGUGUUAGCGGGCACUGGACUGGCACAGCGUGUACUGAUGUUACUUGGUAUUCGUAGUUUCUUCCACAAUGUUUUCCGUUUUUUGGACAAGACAUUGAGAUCAUGGUGGAUCACUGGCUGGCUGCCCUCCUGGUGCCCAUCAUCACAGAGCCAGCUGAAGGAGGCAGAAGAGAAGAUGCUGCAGUACAUCACAAGCAAGUUCUGCAGGCAGUCUGUCCACAUAUCUGAUAAAAACUCACUGUGGACAUUGGUAUUUAAGGGGCCAGUGGAAAAUAAGACCCCUUUGGUGCUGCUGCAUGGAUUUGGGGGCGGUGUGGGACUCUGGGCGCUGAACCUGGACUCUCUCUCUCAGCAGAGGCCUGUUUACGCCUUCGACCUGCUGGGCUUUGGCCAGAGCAGCAGACCUCACUUUAACGCGGAUGCACAGGAGGCUGAGCUCCAGUUUGUGGAGUCCAUCGAACAGUGGAGAGAGAAGCUGGGCCUGGAAAGUAUGAUUAUGUUAGGCCAUAACCUAGGAGGAUAUCUGGCUGCAUCCUACGCAGUCACAUACCCAGCCAGAGUAAAGCACCUGAUUCUGGUGGAACCGUGGGGUUUUCCAGAGCGUCCUGACCCAGGAGACCAAGAUAGACCCAUUCCUGUGUGGAUCAAAGCUAUAGGGGCAAUGCUGAGCCCAUUCAACCCUCUCGCUGGUCUCAGAUUGGCUGGACCUUUAGGCCCUACUCUUGUGCAGACUCUGAGACCAGACUUCAAAAAGAAAUUUGCAGCUGUGUUUAAUGACAACAGAGUGACAGAAUAUAUUUACCAUCUUAAUGUCCAAAUUCCAAGUGGUGAAACAGCCUUUAAAAACAUGACCAUUCCGUAUGGUUGGGCAAAGAGGCCCAUGCUGGAGAGAAUUGGCCUGAUUCACAGCGACAUCCCCAUUACGGUGAUCUAUGGCUCACGCUCCAGCAUAGAUGGCCACUCCGGCACUUCAAUCAAAGAAAUGAGGCCAAACUCCCAUGUAGAGAUCAUUGCCAUACGAGGUGCAGGACACUAUGCAUAUGCUGACCAGCCAGAGGAUUUCAACCAGAAGAUACUUCGUGUCUGUGAAACGAUAAGCUGAAGAGUGAUGGUGAAGGUACAUGCUGUCAGGAACUCUUCACACAUGGCUUUCUUCAGAAUCUUCGUGGCAUCCUAAUUUCAGACCUGAGAGUUUGAAAGCCACUUGGUUUUAAAACCAGAUGUUUGUUUUGCAGCACUACUGAUUUUUGUGCCAAACAAUAAGCUUGCAUGUCACGUAAUUAUGAUGAUAUACUGAUACGAAAAAAUUCAAAUGUUUAUAUUUUGAAAAAAUGUGAUCUUUGAUUCUGAUGUAAUAAUUAUGGAUUAUUAUAUUAUUAAUGUUUAUAUACUAAGGUUUUUAGCGAAUAUUAGCUUUAUUUAAAUAGGACGUAAUAUAUACAUAUAACCCACAGACAAAAUUCUCCAAAUCAGAGCUGUUAGGCACUUAAACUAAAGUAAACAUUUUAAAAAAUCCCUUGUUAAUUGUUUUCAACAUUAUUAAUAUUUUUAUACACUUUUUCAUCUUGUGUGUUUUUAAACUAUCAUGAACGUUUUAUGAAUGGAGACAGCAAUGAUUGUGUUUAAGAGCUUUUAAAGCCUUUUUGUUGGUUUUCUACCUCAUGAAACUAUAAAAUCGGAUUAGAAGGGAGACAGACAUGUGGAGCGAUAGAAAGCAUAUGUGUUCUCUGGUCAUGCCGUUAACUUGAUGUGUAACCUGAACAUUUUCAUGUAAGAUUCCCACAAAAUCUUUUUUAAGUGCCUCAGUUUCCAAAACAUUUAUACAUUUUGGCAUUUAAAAUCCAUCUUGCCCUGCAGGCUGGUGUUACGGUUUUCACAAAUGUUAUGUAAAGAUACUGAGCUCCAGGUCACAGUCAUGCAGGCAAAAUAAAUGCAACGCAUGCUUUCAGACGAAUCAAUAUUCUGUAAAAGCAUUCAGUGAUAAAUGGGCAUUUUUUUGUAAAGAAAAGUGAUUUUAUUGUCAAUAUAAUUUUAAAUUAAAUUUAGGGUUUCAUAAAGAUUUUGUAUAUAACAUUUGUUCGGAUUUAUAUUUUUCCAGUUUUGUAAAAUCUGUUUUUCAUGUGCCAACUCAGAUGUCUAUUGUUAAUUUUAAUAAUAAUAAACCUCUUUUAUGAGUCUCUUGA